CCAUGUUUUGGGACACAAAUAAAGAUAAUGUUUUCAGCCGAGGAAGAUGUCCCCUUUAAGCUUUAAAUGGAAGAACACAGAUUCUACAGAAUCUAACGAUAGUUGCCCAAUCUUUAAGGGGUCUUCAUGGUCGGAUUAUGUACUUUGCCGUUUUGGGUAACUGAUGGGGAUGCCGUCCUUAUCGUUGAGCGGUGAAGCAGUUUUAUCCUCUCCGCCGACGAAGGUGAAGUUGCUCCCAACGGAGCAAGUCGACUAGGCUGAGAAGGGGACUGUGGGCAGAACUCUCCCUCCGUCCCUCUGUGUGUGUGUGUGUGUAGGAAUUGAGAAGGGGGGUAGGCCUCAGUGAUGGCUCAAGUGGCAGCAGCUCAAGGAAGUGUUAGGCUGCUCUUCAAUGGGGAAGUUCCUGCAGCGUUAUUUGGGUCGGAGCCCAAAGAACCAUUUCGCUGCUGCUCUGAGUUGAAAUCAACAACCCACCUCCAGAAACUCAGACUCGGUCUCUACUCUUCUUCUUCCUCCUCCUCAUCGGAAAGGUCGCAGCUUUGCGUGCGGCUGGCCACCCGCUAUGGUGCAAGCAGCGAAUUGCUUCUUCAUGAGUACGAUUACGACAGCGAGGCUGAUAUGGACGAGCUCGCUUGCUUUAGAGGCCUCGUCUUGGACAUCUCUUACAGACCAGUGAAUGUUGUCUGCUGGAGACGUGCUCUCUGUUUGGAGUUCAUGGAGAAGGCUGAUGUGCUAGAAUAUUAUGAUCAGACAGUGAACUCUCCGAGCGGAUCCUUCAAUAUUCCUGCCGUUUUAAGGGUUCCGCAUUUGCUUCAAGUCAUUAAAAGGAGAAGGGUAAUACAUAACGUUACUAAGAAAAAUAUACUUCAUCGAGACAAGUAUACUUGUCAGCCGGAGAGCUGUUGGAGAAGAGAAGAAAAAUAUGUGAUAAUCACUCUAGCAUGGCUGCAAGUUUUUGCACAGGGCGGGAAAUGGGAGUGGGAAAAUCUGGUCACUGCUUGUUCGAGAUGCAACUCAAAGAAAGGGCAAAGGACCCUCGAGGAAGCCAAUAUGAAGCUGAUUAAGGUUCCCAAGGCACCAAAAGACUAUGACAUUCUCGCCAUACCACUGACAAGUGCAGCAGUAAAGAUGCUGAGGUUGACGAAAGGGACUCCGGAAGAAUGGCGCCAGUAUUUGUGAAGAUUUCUUUGAAUCAAUAAUGCAUGUUAGUGCAGUUAAAGACUUUCUGUAGUAUUUGUGACGAAGAGGUGUUGCUUUCAUCGUGAAAAAGAAUUUUCCACGGUUUGAUACUAUGAUCAAAUCUUGAAGAGAUAUGGUGCCCUCAAGUUGCCAGGAAUACCAGAGUCAUUGAUCAUUUGACAGUCAUGGACCUGUAAAUCAUCAUCAUUCGCGGGAUGGCCUCGUAUUGCCAAAUUAGUUCAUAUCUAUAUUCCAAGAACUAUUGAUGUAUUAUUAUCUUAUCAGUACAAUGUUGGAUUUACUUUGCGGAA